CAAAAAAACAAACACGUCACGUCAAUAAACGACUGGUCGAUUCAAUUUUGUUAUUUUAUAUUAUCUAUUGGAAAAAUUAUUCAUAUUGGAUUAUAAAUCCAAAAUAGUAUCAAAAUGACGAGUGUGACAUCUUAUAAUAAUGAUAAAGUGGUCACCGGCGAAGUAGAAUACCCGGCAAGUGAUCCUGCUUCUGGGGCGUUUUUCCAACCUGAUUAUAAAAAGAACGAAGAUUUGAAAAUGAUGCUAGAUGGAUCAAAAGAUUCUUUAAAACUAGAGGCAAUGAAAAGAAUCAUUGGCAUGAUCGCUAAGGGACGUGAUGCAUCUGAUCUUUUUCCAGCUGUAGUGAAGAAUGUAGUAUCAAAAAACAUAGAAGUGAAGAAGUUGGUGUAUGUUUAUCUGGUCCGGUAUGCAGAGGAGCAGCAAGACUUGGCUCUGCUGUCCAUCAGCACAUUCCAGAGAGCUCUCAAGGAUCCAAACCAACUGAUCAGAGCCAGUGCCCUGCGGGUGCUGUCAUCCAUCAGAGUGCCUAUGAUCGUGCCAAUUGUGAUGCUUGCCAUACGAGAUUCGUCCAGUGACAUGAGCCCUUAUGUGAGGAAAACUGCAGCACAUGCCAUACCCAAACUUUAUAGUUUAGACCCAGACCAGAAAGAAGAGUUAGUGUCCAUAAUAGAGAAGCUUCUGUCAGACAAAACGCCCCUGGUGGUUGGGUCGGCUGCCAUGGCCUUCUCGGAAGUAUGUCCAGACAGAAUGAGCCUUAUACAUGGGAGCUAUAGGAAGCUAUGUUCUCUGCUGGCGGAUGUCGACGAGUGGGGACAACUAGCCUUGCUGAACGUUCUCACUGUUUAUGCCAAGACCUGCUUCCCUGAUCCCAAUGCUGAGGCAUACUCGAGCGGGAGCGAAUCCGAGAAGCCGUUCUAUUCCCUGUCAGACGAGUCGCAGAAGUCUGAGCCGCGCGGGUCGCCGGUGGACGCGGACCUGCGACUGCUGCUGCGCGCCGCCAAGCCGCUGCUGCAGUCGCGCAACUCCGGCGUCGUCAUGGCCACCGCGCAGCUCAUAGUGCACACCGCACCUGCCGUGGAGCUGCCGCCGGUGGCGAAGGCGAUGGUGCGGCUGUUGCGGGCGCCCAUAGAGGUGCAGAGCGUCGUGCUCAACGCCAUAGCAUCGCUCACUGUCACCAAGAGGUCGCUAUUCGAGCCGUUCCUCAAAUCCUUCUUCGUCCGGAAUUCAGACCCCACGCACAUUAAGCUGCUAAAACUGGAGAUUCUGACGAACUUAGCGACAGAAGCGAGCGCUGCGGUGGUCCUGCGCGAGUUUCAGACGUAUGUCUCCGCCAAUGACAAGACGUUUGCAGGCGCGACCAUACAGGCGAUCGGUCGGCUGGCUGUCAAUAUACAGGCGGAAACUGAGACCUGUUUGAAUGGGUUGCUGCAUCUACUAUCGAGUAAAGACGAGUGGGUGGUGUGCGAGGCGGUGGUGGUGGUGAAGCGUGUGGUGUGCGGCGGCGCAGCGUCCGCGCGCGCCGCCGUCGCCCGCGCCGCGCGUCUGCUGCGACAGGACCGAUGGAGACUGGCGGCGGGCGCGCGCGCGGCGGCGCUGUGGCUGGUGGCGGAGCAGGGCGCGGCGCACGCGCGCGCCGCCGCCGUGCUCGCGCACAUGACGCACCACUUCGCCGACCAGGACGAACUCGUGAAAUUACAACUGUUAUCGUUAGCAGUGAAACUAUCGAUCACUCAGCCUUCGACCCUACCGAUCUGCAAGUACAUGUUGUCCCUGGCGCGGUACGACGCCAGCUAUGACGUCAGAGACCGCGCGAGACUCCUGCGCCGGUUCGUUGAACCCGACGAGGGUAGACAACUACCCUCGAAAGCCAGCGAAAUAUUCCGGCCGGAAAAACCUAAACCCACUAUCGAGAGUAGUUUUAAAGACCGGCAGCAGUUCACGCUGGGGUCGCUGUCGUCGUACACAGGCAGCUGCGCGGCGGGCUACCGGCCGCUGCCCGCGCCGCCCGCCGCCGCGCUGCACGCCGCGCUCAGGGACACCCGCGACCAGCAAGUUUACAAGGAUGUGGCUUCGCCGCCUGUCACAAAAGACAAGACCUUCUACUCGGAGCCCGAGAGUUCGUCCGCAUCAUCUUCAUCAGAUGACUCCAGCAGCGACGAGGAGUCCUCGUCCAACGAGGAAGAAGAAACCAACGAUAAGAACAGAGAAACCACAAAGCAGACCAACAACUACAGCCGAUCUUCCACCGGUACAUCGGAUAGUGAAUCGGAUAGCGAAUCCGACGAAUCUGAUAGCUCCGAGAGCCAGUCGGAUUCUAGUGAGAAAAGUUCUGAUGAUAAGAAGAGUUCGGAAGAUAAAAAGGGCUCCGAGAGUAACGCGCGGAAACAUGAUAAAAAGGUGACAAACCGAGAGUCGGAUUCGAAGGCGGAAUCAACAGAAAAACAGAAGAAGAAUGAGAAGUCUAACCUGGAGCUACUACUGGAACUGGACGAGGUCGCUAGUUCCCUGCCCACCAUGACACCUACCUGUGGAGGCUUCCUGUCCCCACCCACGGCCUUACCCACUGAAGGGGAUGACGCCAUAACCCCAGUGGGCCCAGCGCUGGGCAACCCGCGGCGCACGGAGCUGAUAUCCCGCGUGUGCAGCGGCGGGCUUUCGGCCGACCACCGCUGGGCGCGCGCGCCCCACCUCUUCUCCCCCAAGAUGUGCGCCAUUGAGCUCACCUUCACCAACCACUCGCAGAAGGACAUCACCAACAUUAGAGUUCAUAAGAAGACGCUAACGGGCGCGCGUGCAAUGCACGACUUCGCGGCGCUGAGCGCGCUGGCGCCGGGCGCGCGCGCCGCCGUCACGCUCGGCGUCGACUUCGCGGACACCAUACAACCCAUAGACUUCACCAUCGCCAGCUCACUCGGUGAAGUCCCGGUCAGUAUCACACCACCUGUGGGGGAGCUGUUGCGCGCGGUGUCGAUGCCAGAGUCACGAUGGAAUACGGAACAUAACAAGCUGCGCGGAAUGACUGAGUGUGACAAAAAAGCAACGAAGUUGGAGGACGAUAAAGUUAUUUGCAAGCGAGUGUUUGAAACUGCAAAUUUAGGCGGUAUCACUACUACUGGCGAAAUUUUAAGAUUCGCGGGACGACUGAUGUCCUCCCAAGACUUAGUCCUACUGUCCAUCAAGGUUGAAGAAGAAUGCAGCCACGUGAUCGCCAACUGUCCAAAUAUGGCUAUUGCCUCACUACUAGCCAACGAAAUAGCCAACACGUUCUCUAGAACAUGAGAUAUAAAGGAAAUGUGAUGUCUAUUUCGGUUCUAAUCCUUCUUAGAGAUACCACAAUAUUAAGGACACUCUCCGGCCCCAUUCGAAACGAUGCCGAGACUUCCCCGCUCAUACUCGGGUCAAUUGAAAGAAUAGAUUAAAAAGAAAUAAUACGAUGAAGGAAAUAAAACAUCACACAGUAUCGAGCGAUUGGCCAGGGGAAAUGAUAGGAUAUAAUAUAGUAGAUGUAAAAUUAAAAUGAUAUUUUUGUUGUAUGCACUAAUUACUGAAACUACCAGGAACCGGACAAGCCGUUCGUUUGCUUAAUCCUUUGAAAAGCUUUGUUAUAUUCUUGUGUAACCUGUUCGAUGGCUAACCCAAUCCAAUGACAUUCCCAUAUGGUGAGACUAACCCUUUCAAAGGAUUUCUCAUAUGAUAGGGCUAACUCUUACGAAGGGGUAACCCGUUCGUUAUAACGCUUUCCAUGUUUGGCUUUCCCCUUAAAUGCCUGCGGGGGGAGAGGGGUGUAGUUUUCAUCACACCCCGCUCCUGUGCAAAUUUGCGUAACUCCGUGUGUGAACAGCCUAAAAGAAACGACACAUUGAAUCGUGUAAAUAGUAACGCACCGCCGUACCGCACGCGGUUAGUAGGUAAUUCAAAUUCAAAUCAUUUAUUCAGAAAUUAGACCUUCACAAGCACUUUUUCUCGUCAAUUUUUAUAUUUAUAGUUAUUUCUCACAAGCUACAAACUACUGGCAUUCCAAUAUAUUCAAAUUAAGACCGUAUGCCACCCCUUCGUAUGACUUACCUCAAAGAAAGGGUUUUGUAGUUGUUGAUAUAGCCCUUACCAAAGCAAAUUGAACGGGUUACAGCACCGAACGGCUUUCGAAAGCAAACCCAUUCCAAAAACCCGUGAAAGGGUUAGCGGUCCAGUCCCUGGAAACUACCAGAUUGCAAAAUAUUUUUAUAUAUAGCCAGAAUUGUGGUAAAUAUUAAUACGAACUUUUCAUGUUCUUAAAAGGGAAUUUCAAUUUAAGAAUGAAAUAAGAAUAAGAACUUGUCAUGUAUGUACAGUUUUGUAUAUAAACAAUACUGUUUUCUUUAUUUAGCUGAAACUCAAUUAUAAUAUAAACAGAUCAAUUAAUACUUGUUGUAUUCAUUCAAAUAGUAUAUAGAAGAAAAUAUAUCACUAUAUAUAAUA